UACUUACCCACAAUGAUGGUACUAUCUUCAAAUAACAACAGAAACCUCUGUAUCCUUCAAGCAACAAGAGGAGAGAGGUUUAUCUCAUGGUGUGUGUUGUGGAGAUUGGUGGAGAUUGGUGUUGAAGCCAUUUUGCGAACGGUCACUCGAACGGUCACGGUGGCUGGCUGGCGACCGUGUAAUACGUGUUAUACGUAUUAUACGGGAAUACGUAGAAUACGCAUUUCUAUUCAUUUCUAAGUCAUUUCUUGCUACAGUAGCGUAUCAGAUUUGCCGCCUCCCUCCAGGCUCACAAUUCUGUUUUUGGGAGCAAGCAAACUCCAGCGGUACAAGCUAGUAAAAGACAGGAAGCUACAAACAGAACAGACAUCUUAUUCGUGCAAUUCGUGCGGCAGCUGCUCAGACUAUCUUCCCACAUCAUCCCCUCUCCAAGUAACUAACUAACCAACUUCAGCAACUGAACCAACACGAUGGGAUCUUUGGAGGACGCAACCAACGAUCUUUCUCAGAAUCUGGAGGACGAGAUAUUGGAGGAUGGCGACUCUGUUGUCUUUUCGGACUUUGACAAUGAGUUCUCAUCCACCACCACGUUCAAUCCCCCGCCAGCCCGCGAUGAGAAGAAGGAGGUAUACAAAAUGUCUGCCAAGGACACGCGGCGUGUCCAGUUGUGGCGAGUUGCCAUGACUUUGGCGUUGCUAUUGACUGCCCUGGGCGUCACGUUGACCACCUACUUGGUCCUCAUUGGCGAAGAGUCCAAGAACUUUGAAACCGCGUUCACCAAGUUCUCUCGUACGGUGGGUGAUGCUGCCAUUGACCAGCAAAAGAACUUUCGUGACUCGAUCCGAGGCCUGGCUCACUUGGUUUCUGGUCAGGCGUCGACCUACAACCUCUCCUGGCCCACGGUUACCAUCCCUCUUUGGGAGGUCUAUGCCAGGGAUGCCCUCGUGCAGUCCAAGGCAGAGUUCUACUGCAUCUACCCCCGCGUCUACGCCAAGGACAAGGACAAGUUCACCAACUACACCACGAAAAACUACCAGCAGAUCAUUCAAUCGGCUCAUCUCAUGCAGAACGGAGACUUUCGCCGCUUGAACAAUGAUACCAGUGUCUACAAACCAUUCAUCUCCAAAAACUCUCCCCAAGGCUACCUCCCAGACGAUGACCGCGACGAAUACUGGCCGUCCACGGGACAGUUCUCUCCUCCACCGGCGACCUAUGGCAUUGUCAAUUGGAACGUUCAUCAUAUCCCGCCCUUGGCGUUUGCCAUUGAUGCCAGUGUGGCGCUCAAGUAUGAGACCACCUUUACCAUGAUUACACCCUACCGCAGUGUCGAUCUCAUCAUGACCAAAGCCGAACACGCGGCCAAGCACAGCGACCUCUUGGAUUCGACUCCCGAGCAUCCCCACACGUUUGCCGUUCACCCGAUUCACCGCGAUCCAUUGAAUGCAGAUUCGGAAAUUGUCGGCAUUGUUGUGGCGGCACUGGCAUUGGAUGUCGCACUGCUCAACUUGUUGCCCGAAGGUGUCCAAGGAAUCCAUUGCAUCAUUAGCAACAAUAUGAAUCAGACAUUUACCUAUGAGAUUAUUGGAAACGAUGCAAUCUAUCUUGGUGAGGGAGAUAUGCAUGAGGAGCAGUACACGGACAUGGGCGUGUUUGUCGACUUGGCCCUUCACACCAACCCGGAAUACAGGACCACUCCCCGCAAUACACUCUAUCGAAUGGACAUUUACCCCAGCUCCAAAUUUGAAGACACAUACCACACGGGAACCCCCCAGCGCUUUGCUAUCAUCUUGGCGGUAGUCUUUGUUUCUGUGGCCGUUACCUUUUUGGUCUACGACUUGGCCGUCCAACACCGCAAUGAAAAUCUCGUCUCCAAGGCAGCGCAAUCCAAUGCGAUUGUCUCUUCCCUCUUCCCUGACAACAUCCGAGAGCGGCUCAUGAAGGACAAUGACGAAUCACAACAGGCCAUGAACUCGAGUAUGCACAGCAAACGUGGCAGUCUCAAGGCAUUCCUCAACGACGGAAAGAAUGGGUGCAAAGCUCGCCAUCAAAGCAAGCCCCUGGCCGAUCUCUUCUUGGAGACUACCGUGAUGUUUGCUGACAUCAGUGGCUUUACGGCUUGGAGUUCUGUUCGCGAACCAAGUCAAGUCUUCACCUUGUUGGAAACUUUGUAUCAGAGCUUUGACGCCAUCGCUCAGCGCCGACGCGUGUUCAAGGUGGAGACGGUGGGAGAUUGCUACGUCGCUGUGACAGGUCUCCCUGAACCUCGCUCAGAUCACGCUUGCGCCAUGGCACGGUUUGCCAGAGACAUCCUUGGCAGAAUGGCAGUCAUGACGAAGCAGCUUGAGGUCACUUUGGGUCCAGAUACAGGCGAUUUGGAUUUGAGGAUUGGCAUCCAUUCGGGACCAGUUACAGCAGGGGUCCUUCGGGGAGAACGUGCCAGGUUCCAGCUUUUUGGUGACACAAUGAAUACUUGUGCCAGACUGGAGUCAAGCAGUGCACGUGGACGGAUCCUGACUUCCAAAGAAACUGCUGAAUUGAUCUUCAACGCGGGUAAGGGAUCUUGGCUGACCAAACGAGAUGAUGUUGUUGCCAAGGGAAAGGGUAUCAUCGAAGCGUAUUGGGUAAACGUGUCCGGCGAACGAGCGGGAAGCGCGGUUUCUCGUGGCAGCCUCUUCGAGGCAGAAAGCACACCUUUCCGAUACGGCAGACAACUGCCAGGCCUCGACGACAAGACGCAACGAUUGAUUGGUUGGAAUGUGGAGAUGCUUCUUCAAAUCCUAAAGCAUAUCGUUUCAAGUCGAAAUGCCGGCAACUUGCAAAAGCCCAGCAGCGGCGGGUAUGCAUCUCAGAAUUUCAGUCUCGAAGAGGAGCUUGGCGUCGAUACCCGGCCCUUGGAAGAAGUCCGGGAGAUCAUCCACCUCCCCAAAUUCAAACAUGACGCUGACACCACGAAAGAAGACCCAACCAGCGUCAAGAUUCCUCCCAAGGUCGUAGAGGAGCUCCAUCUCCUCGUCAGCGAGAUUGCCACGAUGUACAAUGACAAUCCCUUCCACAACUUUGACCAUGCCUCCCACGUUGUCAUGAGUGUGAUCAAACUGAUGAGUAGAAUCGUCGCUAGUGACAAUGACCACUUGGAGAGUGCUGCCAAACUUCACGACCAUACAUAUGGUAUCACAAGCGAUCCGCUUACCCAAUUCGCCUGUGCCUUUUCGGCAUUGAUUCACGACGUUGAUCAUGUUGGUGUUUCCAACGCCCAACUAGUCAAGGAAGGAGUCCCCAUUGCCGCCAAAUACAACCAGCGAAGUGUGGCAGAACAGAACUCUCUGGAUCUCUCCUGGGCAUUGCUCAUGGAAUCCCGAUUCGAUACUUUGAGAGACUUUCUGUUCCCGACACGCACCGAGCUCGUGCGUUUUAGGCAACUAGUUGUCAAUUCGGUCAUGUCAACUGACAUUGUCGAUAAGGACUUGAAGGCACUUCGGAAUGCUCGUUGGGACAAGGCAUUCAAAAAGGGCGACGGGGCCCCUGAAGAUCACAGCAGCGGCAGUGAUAGAUGCCUCACCGAGGAUGAGAAUCCCCGUGAUGCGAUCAACAGGAAAGCAACUAUUGUGAUUGAGCACAUAAUCCAAGCCAGCGACAUUAGUCACACCAUGCAACAUUGGCAUGUCUAUCGAAAGUGGAAUCAGAACCUCUUUGAAGAACUUUACGUUGCUUAUCUGAAUGGACGAAUGGAGAAAGAUCCUUCUGAAUUUUGGUACAAGGGCGAGUUUGGUUUCUUUGAUUUCUACAUCAUCCCUUUGACACGAAAGCUCAAGGAGUGUGGUGUUUUUGGUGUCUCUUCUGAUGAGUACCUCAACUAUGCUCUGAAAAACAGAGAGGAAUGGGAAACUCGUGGGAAAGAAGUAGUGGCACAAAUGAUUGAAGAAUGUCACCGCAAGUAUGGUGUCAAGCAGAUCAACGCCCCCGAAGAGGAACCGCGUGGAACUGUAGAAUGUUAGGUGGCUACACUGAACGUCUGGGGAAUUUGUACCUGUCUACUAGUUUGCUUGAUGCCUAAUCAUGUAAGCUCUGCCUUACAUAAUCUGUACCGCGUGCGUUGAAAACAUGUGUAUACCUCUGCUGAUGCCAAGGUCUUGACGGAUCUUGUUCGCUGGGCUA